GGGUGGGAGUGUACAGGGGUAUCUGAACGUGCACCUCUAGCUAGUCAGUUGGGUCUGAUUUCUCAGACGAUAAACAGAGGCUGAAAUUGUGCCGAAGAGAUCACGGCAGUGUCAUGGCUCUCCAGAGACUAGGAAUUCAACAUUUGAGAAUAUUUUCUAAUUUAAUUAACCACCAAGCGCAACUAAAUGUUCAUCGAAAUCAGUCUGUUUUGGCAUCACCUGAUAAUCCUAGGAUCCUGAUCACUGGUGGCUUGGGCCAGCUUGGAACUGGAUUAGCCAAAAUUCUGCGCCAAAAAUAUGGCAAAGAUAAUGUAAUCAUGUCCGACAUUCUUAAACCAUCAAAAGAAGUGGUUGAAUCCGGACCAUACAUUUUUGCCGAUAUCUUGGACUUUAAAUGCCUUCAAGAGAUGGUUGUAAACAACCGCAUUGACUGGAUCAUUCACUUUAGCGCCUUGUUGAGUGCUGUUGGGGAGCAGAACGUUCCGUUGGCCAUUCGAGUCAACAUCGAAGGGUUGCAUAAUGUGAUGGAAUUGGCCAAACAAUAUCGCCUUCGGAUAUUUGUGCCUUCUACCAUUGGAGCUUUUGGUCCCGAGUCACCACGCAAUCCGACGCCGAAUUUGUGCAUACAAAGGCCCAAAACUAUUUACGGCGUUUCAAAAGUUCACGGAGAAUUAUUGGGAGAGUACUAUUACCAUAAAUUUGGACUCGAUUUCAGGUGUCUCCGAUUCCCCGGUGUCAUCUCCAGCGACACCAACCCAGGCGGAGGAACUACUGACUACGCUGUUCAGAUUUUCCACGAUGCCCUGAAAACCCGCCAAUUUAAGUGCUACCUUAAACCAGAUACUCGCCUUCCAAUGAUGUACAUCACCGACGCAUUGAGAUCACUAUGUGAAUUUAUGGCCUUACCUCCUGAGGCAUUGAAGCAGCGAACAUACAACGUAACAGCAAUGAGUUUUACCCCAGAAGAAAUUGUAAAGAGCGUUCAAAGACACGUUCCGGACCUUCAAGUCUCAUAUGCACCUGAUUCGCGCCAACAAAUUGCCGACUCCUGGCCGCAAGUGUUUGAUGACUCGGAAGCCAGAGCGGAAUGGAACUGGAAGCCACAGUAUGACAUCGAUGGAAUGGUCGACAUCAUGGUAGAAGCGCUCCGACCCAAAUACAAGAACUAAUUUUCUUAAUGGAAAUCAUGUCAAGCGAAUUAAUUUUCAAAUUGCGAAACGCGCAGUGUAAAAAAGUUGAGAUCUUCAACUUAUUGAUUUACUGAGAUAAUAGUAGCUCUCUGACAGAGAACGAUCGAGAUGAAACCAGCAUUUAGACACUAUAUCGAUUCAUAAAUCCUGUGUACACGAAACAAUUUUGUUGUGCACACGUCUGAUAUUAUAGACUACCCCAUUCAUGGAACCUGCAUGAACUCUUAUAUUGAGAGAGGUACAUGUUGUAAUGUGAAUAACAUUAUUAUCCAUAGAAAAAACAAUCCUCUAGGCUAAAAGGGCAGUUGGGAAGAAUUUGUUCCAUUGAUGUUUCCUUCUAGUCGAUAAAAUACCGUGCCGCUCAUGAUUCUAAAAUAUGCGUCAUUCAUGUUAGUGCAAUCACUGCUGCAGUAUAAAAAAAUAAAAAUAUAUUUAAUCAAACGAUC